CCUGGUGGAUUGUUUAUCUGUGCAAAAGAGAAAUGCUCACUAACAGGGAUGAAAAUGAAUGUGUGCACAAAACAUGAGAAAAAAAAAAAAGCUUUCUGUGCAUAUGGAACAUUUCUGGGACCUUUAAUUACAGUUCACAAAACCAAUACUUUAGGGUAGGUAUAAUUUGUGUUACGUUCCAACAGGAAUCUGUUCCAAGAACUUAGUAAAAGUACAACGUUGCCAAACGCAUACAAGUAACAUUGUCACGAUCAAUUCAUCGAGCUAACUAGCUGCAGAAAAGGCAUGAACCCACCACGUAGCUUGUUCUUAAUAUCAGUCCAUAGGCUACCAGAGUGAGGACAGACAUUUUUCGGAAUAAACGUGUCCGCAGGGAUGAACUGGUCAGCACUAGAGAGCCUCCUUAGCGGGGUCAACAAGUACUCCACAGUGUUCGGCCGUGUGUGGCUGUCCAUGGUAUUUGUGUUUCGUGUCAUGGUGUUCGUGGUGGCCGCCCAGCCCGUGUGGGGAGACGAGAACAAGGACUUUGUGUGCAAUACCAGGCAGCCCGGCUGCACCAACGUCUGCUACGACAGCAUCUUCCCCAUCUCACACAUCCGCCUGUGGGCCCUACAGCUCAUUUUCGUCACCUGUCCCUCUCUCAUGGUGGUGGCGCACGUCAAGUACCGCGAGGGGAAGGAUUCAAAGUAUACUGCCCAACACCAGGGCUCUCACCUGUACGCCAACCCAGGGAAGAAACGUGGAGGCCUGUGGUGGACCUACCUGGUCAGCCUGAUCUUCAAGGCCGGGUUUGAUGUAGCCUUCCUCUACAUUCUCUACUAUAUCUACCACGGGUAUGACAUGCCACGUCUCUCCAAGUGUGCCCUGGAGCCUUGCCCCAACACAGUGGACUGCUACAUCUCCAGGCCCACGGAGAAGAAGAUCUUCACCAUCUUCAUGGUGGUCUCCUCAGUACUCUGCGUCUUCAUGUGCAUACUGGAGAUGUUCUAUCUGGUGGUCAUGCGCUUACAGAAGGUGCUCAAAGUAUGGAAGGCCAACGAGAGACUGCUCUUUGCUGAGCGCCAUAAGGUCACCAACAUUGCUCUGCCGAGGUCAUCGUACAUCAGGGUAGAUCCAACUAUUGGGAGCCAGCAGAACAUCAACAGACACAAGAAGGCAGAGGAGGCUGCUGCCACAGGCCUGUAGCCCUGAUCUGUAUGAUUUUGGUGCAUAUUGGGACUGUGCAAGAAUCAUGAAGAACAGAAGGACCUUACACAGGAAUAAGAAGCUUUAUAAAUGGACUCCUACGUGUACAGAUAACUGUGGUGUGUGUCUGCUUGUGGUUCGUUGUGUUUUUUGUUUACUUUUGUUUGUUUACUUCUGUUGCCGUUUGUUUACAUAGCUUACAAUUGUUCAUCUAUUUUUUAUGUUUCAGCACUGUAGCACUAAUUAUUUAGUACUUACAUGAUAUUAUGUCUUAUUCAUAUUUUUUGUUUUAGCCACUUCCUUGACUUGAAGAGUAUUUCAAAUCCCCAACCUAGUCAAGAUAGAAUUAUAUUACAGAACAUCAACGUACAUUUUAAAUAGCUUUCCCAAUAUUUAACAUCCAGAGAUUUAAGGGUUUAUAGUAAAAUGGCAAAAUCAAAUACAGACUUUUUGCACAGUAAUGUUUUAUAAAUGUUGAAUUUUCAAGAACCGUGUGAAUUUUUGUAUUUUCGUUAAAUUCUUUACAGAUCACUUAUCGAUCUUGUAUUUCGAGAAUUAAAAGUCUGUAUGCGUGAAAUAAAUUAUUGUAUUUUUAAAGAUUGAACAUAUACAUUUUCAAUAUAUUAAGGCACAGUCCAGAACCUCUAUGUAGAGUGCUAGGAUUUGAUUUGGGACCAGGCAUUAGUAGUAGGCUAGGUCAGGUCUAGUCCCCAAUGAAAAUCACAGUAUAGAAUAUCAGAAUAUUAAUAUUCAAUUGAAUAUUUAUUAUGCUCAUGACUCAGAGUCCGAUGGCCAUAACAAAAGCCACGACUCCUACUCUGUUAUUCUGAAAUGUGCAACGCUCACCUCACUCACUCAGAACACUAUUUAAAUCACUUCUAACUCUUCAACCAAACAGUAUUUGCAUUGCCACCACAAACAACUCACGACUACCUUUCUUACUGCACGCGAACAUGAUUCAAAGACAACAACCUUUAUACAAUUCACAAAGCUACCGCAAUUUUUACACAUUCAAAGGUUACAACAACAAUCGUUAGAAAUAUAAAUUCAAAAGCUCUACUUUUUCUGAACCCGUCUUUUUACUCUCUCUCUUUCUCUCUCUUGCAGGUUCUAUCCCCCCGACUGUGUUCUGGAGCCACAUUCCACAUUGCUUCUGUCUCUCUCGCUUUCUCGCUCAGCUAAAGCACCUUUUAAAAUAGCACACUCCAUCAGCAGCACAGCAUAGUGCCCGCCUGCCCAGAACAUUAGCAUUUACAUAACGUUAUACAUAAGCGGCACCUCUUGAACUUUUACUUGUACUUCCCUCCUACCAUUCUAUCUAUCCAUUAUCCUCAGCCCCUCUCCCUCACUCUCGAGUUCUAUUCUUCCCUGUGUCAUCUAACCACAAUAACGCUUUCCUCUUGUGCUUUCUCGUUGCCACUUACACAGCUUAUUGUCCCUCAUUCAUUUAUGGCGGAAUCUUCCUAUUAUUCAAACAUAAAUUGACAUAAGCUGAUAAGUAAGAGCGAAGAUGUCAGAUGUGGCAUAAUAUCAGUGUUUUUUUGCUUUUCUUCUCAGUCAAUCUGACCAGCUAGUAAUGGCAGAUAUUCUGCUGCAUGAUUCACCCACUCAGCUACACCCACGCAUGCAGCGUCCUAGCUGGCUACAUUUCACACAUACAUACAGUACAAUCAAGAACACAGACAGCAUGCACUCCCACACACUCCCCUGUCAAACAAUGCAGGACCACAUAUUUUAUUUGAGCAAAAUCUACAGAAAAGAUAAAUAUGUUUAGUCUGAAAUAUGUUCACAUCUGUAUUCUCCAAUGAUAAUAACGAUGAUGAGACAUAGAUGUGGUGAGUGUCAGUUUGUUUGUGCUAAAAUGCCGACUCCCUGUCAUGCCAAACAUGUUUGGCUUGACAGUAACAACAAAUCAAAUUGUAUUGGUCGUGUACAUAUAUUUUACAGAUGUAAUCGCAGGUGCAGUGAAAUGCUUAUGUUUGUAGCUCCAACAGUGCAGUAUACACUAUUCAGUUGUCAAGUCAGAAGUUUACAUACACGUAGGUUGGAGUCAUUAAAACUAAUUUUUCAACCA